AAGAAACUAAGGUUCGUAGAGCCGACACCGGCUGAUUUCAUCGUUGUCUACUCGCCUGGCAGAGACAGGGAGAGAGAGAGAGAGAGAGAGAUGGGCUGGCUAAGUCGAUUUCUGGCGGCCGUGGCUUUCUUAGCCAUUGGGGUGAUAUUUUCACCGGAAACGUUUGGAUCAAAUUCCAUCGUUCAGCUACCGACUUGUCUGAAACUGGCCCACCUCCUCAGCUUUUCCACGGCUUUUGGUGCCGCGCUUUGGGUAACCUUCAUCGGUGGCAUCAUCAUGUUCAAGAAUCUACCAAGGCAUCAGUUUGGCAAUUUGCAAAGUAAGAUGUUCCAUGCAUAUUUUUGGUUGGUGAGUGUGUGCUGUGCGAUAUCUGUGGCGUCAUUUGGUUAUUUGCAUCCAUGGAAAUCAGCAUCCACUGCAGAGAAGUACCAGCUAGGCUUCCUGCUGUCUUCUUUGUCUUUCAAUCUCGCCAAUUUGUUUGUCUUUACGCCCAUGACUAUUGAGAUGAUGAGGCAAAGGCACAAGGUGGAGAGAGAACAGAACAUUGGAAAUGAAGUUGGGUGGUCAAAGAAUCAGGAAGUUGCAAAGGUUAAUCCAAAGCUUGCUGCGAUGAACAAGAAAUUUGGGAUGAUCCAUGGUUUUUCAUCCCUUGCUAAUAUUAUGUCUUUUGGAAGCCUAGCCAUACACUCAUGGUACUUAGCAGGAAAGCUGAAUCCGUAGUUUAUACUUGAGGUGAAUCUUGUUUCUGGAAUAAGAUAAAGUGCUUCCUGAUUGAUUCCUAGCCAAGCUAUGAGUCCUGAACAAUGUGUUAAAUAUAAGAAGUUGAUCAUUCUCACACACAAGUCAGAUUUACGCAUAUUUUUCCUUUUGGCUCUAUUAGUAUGGGAGAGGUGCUGCAGAUACAUUAUGAAUUUUGGCAUAAAAUGAUGGUCGUCUUCAUAUAAACUGCUGUUUUUGUUGGGAAUGAAAUGAAUAACGAUGAAAGGAGGGUGAAUACAGUUGUUGGGUAUGGUUUCUUUUAA